CCCGAACGUCUUCGACCCGGCCAUCCAGUUCCUCCGGACCAUCCGCAUCUCAAGGCUCCUGCGACUCCCUUCCACAUGGGCGACAAACACACCUUCUCCACAGCCGAAGAUUGGGGCCAUGAUAUCAUGUGGCAACCGGACCAUUUCCAGCCAGUCCUUCUCGACGACGAAUGGGCAGUGGCUGUGAGGGACGUAAGUGGAGGGUGGAUAUAUGACGAUCGUUGGGACCUCGAGACAUUCAAAUCUCGCGCCUACGAUGCGGUAUUGGAGAGAUUAAGUGAGGUCAAUCGACAAAAUAAGGACGACCCUGCUCUUCGCGAAUACGGGGACACGCUGUUCGAGUUCUUGCAGUCAAAUAAAUGGCUAGAAGUGUCCUCCGCGUUCUACGCCCUUCCGUCAAGCCCGUCAAUUAAGCAAGUGAGUUGGGAAUUGCCUGGGGUCACCCCACCGGCAGGAGUUGUGAAGCGCAAGUCUCGCGGAAAGGACGACGACGGGGAUGGUGAAGGCGGCGGGCAACGAGGUACCAAAGUUGGAAGUGAACAGCGAUCGACGAAACAACGGUCUCCGGGGCACGCAGGCGGCGGAGAGGGGAGAAAGGGGAGCCGAGAAAAGAAGAAGCCUCGCAGCGGAGAGAAGACAAAGCAUCACAGAGGAGACGGCCAGGGGUCCGAUGGCGACCGCGACGAGGACGGUGGGGUUCUGGCGGUAACAGGCAGCACCUCAAUGGAGACGGGGAACGACUUGAGGCCUGGGUGUAUUACACGGCCUGGCGAGCAAGACCCUUUGAUUAGCUCCACCAGCGAAACACAGUUUGUCGAUGCGGUUGGCGGGGCAGGUGUCGCAAAGCAUGGAACAUGCUUCGCUCAGCUCCAAAUACGGUUGGCGGAUUGUCUCGGAUCAAUCCGAAACUCAGAGACGACCUCGUUGUCCGGAACUCAGUGCCUUCCGGGAAGCGAGACGACAACAUACCACGGGUCCGGCAGCGACAAGCUGGAACCGUGUUCCGUUUCGCCUCAAAAGGAAUUUCGGAUUAAUCCGAACCGCGAAGGCCGUGCCAUCGAGGGAGCACAACUGUCUACAGAACUCGAACGGGUGGUCCGGGUUUCCGAAAACCCUGGCGACGAAAUUCGGAUUCAUCCGAACCAGGAAGCCGUGUUUGCGAUGACAGACGAUCGGUAUCAGGAUGCAGUUAUGCUCUGCGUGGAAGCCCACAAGGAGCUGCAGGCGGACUGUCGGACUGAGGGUGACUUGGCGACCAGUUCCAAUGUCGAGCCCAACACACUCGGAGCCGAGUUAGCAGUCGUAAGCGACUUCUCGGUGAAAGCGGUCAUGUCGACGUCAUUGGAAGCUGCGGGGGCUCGGAUGAAUCCGAACCAGGGCCCUGUCAACAUCUCCCUCCCUGAUGCAUCUUUGGAGACGACCGUGAUUCGGAUUCAUCCGAGGCACACGGACGAAGGACUUCAACUGGCAGGCGUUCAGGGUUGUCGACUACUGAUGACUUUGGACAAGGACAAUUCCGUCGAUGACCGGAUUGAUCCGACACUCAGCGACGUCGGGAUGGAGCUACCAGUUCAGCCGGGAUACGACGAUCCCUUGUACUCCGCCCUUCACAACGAGGCGAUGGGGAAGGACGUUCUGAAGAAGGCCUCUGACGCUGUUGGAGAUAGAUUUCUCUAUUUGAGUGACGACGACAAAGACACAGCGUACGGGGACAAGAAGUUAAGGGGGGGAGAGGUGUUGUUAGACAUCCAUGGGACAUUGAGCCCAACAUAAUACGACACAGUGGCAAUGGAAAAAACACAACCUGACGAUGCUGUGGACGUCGACGAUCUUUGUCCG